AUGAAUGAAGAAAUAGAUUAACAUUUAGAGAUGCAAGAGACAAAUAUUAUGUUAUUAUAACAAUUUGAGAAUGAUACUCAAAGUCAAGAACCUUAGAGUCCAUAUCAAUUUUCAGAACAUUCAGAUUUACCUUCACCAUAAAGGAAGUAAUCUAGAAAGAAAGAAAAGAUAUUAGAAAAACUUUUAUCAAACAGGGCAAAAUUUAAUGAAAGAGUAGCAGUCUUCAAUUUGAUAAAUUCGCUUUAAUUAGUAUGGUUAUUGGAAAAGAAUAGGCAAUUACUUUAUACAAUUUGAGUUCGAUAAUAAAUAUAGAAGGAUAAUCAAACUUGAAAUUUUAUGAUAGUUCAUCUAUUUUAAGUUUUUAUAGAUGGAAUAAAUAGGGAUUCACAGUAUAUUAUUUGAUAACAAUUUUGGUGAUGGUCCAUGUAUUGAAAUUAUUAACAUGUUUAGUAGGUAAGAAUGAAAAUGAAUUAGGGUAUUUUUGUGUAUUACAAAAGAGUGAAUAAUUGUUGACUAUAUUUAUGAUGUUAACAUUUACUUGUGUGAUAACAAGAGGUAUAAUAACAAUAUUAUUGUUAAUUGAUUAUGGUUAAAUAUUAUAAACACAAUCUUAUAUUUAUGGGAAAGAGGAUAAAAUAGCUUAAUCAUAAACAAUAUAAUUUACAGUAGUAUUAGUGAUAUUUGUAGCUGUAGAAAUAGUAAUGGGAUUGUAAAGUUUAUUAUAUGCAGGAUAAGCAAAGGAGAAAUAUAAAUGUAAAAUAUAUAAUUAAUUGAUAUAUAGAAAUGAGAGUGAAUGAAAAGAAGAUAGCCUAGCAUUAUCAGAUAGCUUACUAAAUAACUUUAAGAUAAUUCCUGGUUUGA